GUUUUCCAGGAACACAUCAGGAUGCCUGAACCCGCCAAGUCUGCUCCCAAGAAGGGCUCCAAGAAAGCCGUGACCAAGACGGCCGGUAAAGGAGGCAAGAAGAAGAGAAAGACCAGGAAGGAGAGCUACGCCAUCUACGUGUACAAGGUGCUGAAGCAGGUCCACCCCGAUACCGGCAUCUCGUCCAAGGCCAUGAGCAUCAUGAACUCGUUCGUCAACGACAUCUUUGAGCGCAUCGCCUCCGAGGCUUCCCGUCUGGCUCACUACAACAAGCGCUCCACCAUCACCUCCAGGGAGAUCCAGACGGCCGUGCGCCUCCUGCUGCCCGGUGAGCUGGCCAAGCACGCCGUGUCUGAGGGCACCAAGGCGGUCACCAAGUACACCAGCUCCAAGUAAACCUGCCGUUUACCAUCUAAACCACAAAGGCCCUUUUUAGGGCCACACAAAUACAACUAAGUGCAAGAAACUUGUACAUUAACUAUUCAUUAUCGGAUUGCUGAAUUUCUUAAAUGGUCAUGUAAAAGGGAAUUACUACAUUAGUAUCCAUAAAAUCCUGUAAAGUACUUUUUGUAUUUUCUUUGUCAAGUCAGGCUUUCUUAACUUGAAACAUUUAAAUAAAACUAGAAACAAAAUUAAUUUCAACUAAUUAAAAUUGUUUGGUUUGAAUGUUUUCUGCAAAGUUAAAUUGAUAUUUUAGUUUUGAUUUUAAUAUGUGACUUUCAGAUAAAGAUCUAUUUGCAGAAAUUUAUUAUCACAUUUAAACAUCUUUCCUUUUUUCUGUAUAGUUUUGAA